UAUACUAGUACGGAGUAUUACUGUAGAUUGCGCGAUCAUCCAUUAUCUCCGCGCGCCGUUAAAAAAAUGUUUCCCCGCUGGUGCUUUUCUGUCGCUCUUGGUCGAUCUUGACUCCAUCUUUCUACGUUUGGCUUACUGGAUAUAUCAUCUGCCUGGAGUAUCUUUGAGUGAUAGGAGCCCAAUUGUUGAUAUCAUCAGCUUAUUCGUCAUAUAAUCCAGCCUCCCCUCUAGGAGACCCCCACUAUGGCCGACAUCCAGAACGAGAACCACGACCAUUUGGUCCAGUCCGAUGACCCUGAACACCCAGCCAACAAAAUCCCUGAUCUCUGUCGGAGAUUCUAUAACUGGGGCUGGGUGACUGGUACUGGUGGUGGUACAUCGAUUCGCCAAGAUGACCACAUCUUCAUCGCUCCGUCCGGUGUUCAAAAGGAGAUGAUGCAACCUCACAACAUCUUCGUCCUACAAUGGCCCACUCCGAAGUACCCUCCCUCCGAGCGCAAGUACAUCCGCAAGCCCCUCGCGUUGAAGCCGUCAGACUGUACCCCUCUUUUCCUUUCUGCGUUUGAACGCGGCGCCCUCUGCAGCAUUCACACCCAUUCGCAGUGGGCCGUGUUGGUGACUCUGCUGGUCGAGCGUGAGAAGGGUCCCGAUGGCUGCUUCGAGAUCAGCGACAUUGAACAGAUCAAGGGAAUCCCUCGCGGCCGGGGUAAGGGUAUGCUGGGCUUCCACGACACCCUCCGGAUCCCGAUUAUUGAGAACACUCCUUUCGAAGAGGAUCUCACAGGAAGUCUGGAGAAGGCGAUGGACCGGUACCCCGACGCCUACGCGGUUCUGGUCAGAAGACAUGGAAUCUAUGUCUGGGGAGACACCGUUGCCAAAGCAAAGACCCAAUGCGAAAGCUUGGAUUAUAUUUUCCAGCUGGCCGUGGAGAUGCACAAGCUUGGUCUCCCAUGGGUCAAGAACUCUUCUUAAUCGGCAAUCGGGCUUGCUAUGUUGAGGCCUGCCAUGCGGAACAUGAUGACGAUGCAUAUGAUAGUUGAUGAUUGUACAAGGAUGUAGAAAAUACGAAAUGUAGUAGUAUGAGCCUUGUAUGUCUGGAAAUCCAUUGGAUCCUCGUAAAAUGAAGACCUCAAGUAGCAAUGACUUCAGGUCUAGCUAGGGUUAUUGCGGUAUCAAUAUCGAGGUACUCCCGUACCGUUAUACCGAGUCAGCUGUGGACUAUAUUUGAAUUUGAUUAAUGGU